CCUGUGAGGCCUUGAGUGCCUUGGUUUCGCCCCGCCCCCUCUGACCAUUGCCUCUUGCAGGCAUGAACCUGGCCCACACCACUGUGCUCCUGUGGGUGUGGGGGAGUCUCCAGGCCUUCGAAAUUGUGGAGAAGGAGAACAUUUUUCAGAGGACCCCCUGCCCAGCCUUUCUGAUGUUUGAUAACGCAGCCUACCUGGCAGACAUGAGCUUCGAACUUCCCUGCCACUGCAAGCCCGAGGAGGUGUCUGCCGUCGUCUGGUACUAUCAGAAGCACUUGGGUAGCAGCCACACCAAAGUGCUGACGGACUUCGACGGGCGGGUGCUGACAGAGGAGUCCCAGGUGCACGUGGGCAGCGACAUGCUGGUUCGCUUCAGCAUCCGCAUGUUCAGCCUGUUGGUUUUCCGGGCCCAGCCCGAGGACUCGGGCUUGUAUUUUUGUGGCACCCGCAAGGGGGACUACUUUUAUGCCUACGAUGUGGACAUCCAGAGCGGCGAGGGAAUGGUGGCCACCUUCAAGGACCAGGGCCAGGAGCCCUUUGCCGACGAGCACCAUGGGAGCCUCCACAUCUUCACCACCUUCUGGGAGUGGACCCCUUGCGACCGCUGCGGGGUCCGAGGAGAGCAGUGGCGCAUCGGCCUGUGCUACCUGCAGAGCCCGGGGCUCUCCCCGCGCUACCGCAAGACGCUGCCCGAGGUGGUGUCCUGCGGCUCGCAGGCCGUGCCCAGGAAGCUUCGGGCCCAGGCCAGGGAGCACAGCCCCGAACUGCUGGUUCAGAGCUGCGUGGUGCCGUGUGAGAAGAAGAAGGUCGGCGAGGGCGUGAUGGCCAUCCUCAGCUACGUGUCCAAGGUGGGCAGCCGGCCCUGGUUGCCUCAGGUGCCCAUCCAGUUCCACCAGCAGAGGCUGGGCCACGGACUCAUCAUCUCCUGUCCCGGGGCGCGGCCGGAGCACGCCGUGGCCUGGGACAAGGACCGCGAGUACUUCUACCGCACGCAGUACCUGAGGGGCGUCAACAGGUCCAUGAGGGUGUUCAUCGACCACGGCAACCACCUCCACAUCCGCUUCACCCAGCUGAGUGACCGGGGCAUCUACUAUUGCUGGCGGCAGGGGGUGCGCGUUGCCGGCUUGCGGCUGGGCGUCAUGUCUCGAGGCCGCUACCGGGCCUCGUUCUCGGACCCUGAGACUCGCUCCGCUGUGGAGCUCACCCUGGUAGGCUACCUGUUCAUCACGGCGGUCUUUGUCACCAUUCACCUCUGUCGGUGCUGCUGUUACUUAUUUCGCUGUUGCCCCAACUUCUCGCCCUAGCGCCCCCCGCCUUCCCCGGCUCGGAAGACCUGUUGUGCUCAGAUGUGUUUGUUAAAUGAUGCCGGAUGCGUCUGGGUGGGCCUCCCGGGCUGGGCUGUGCGGCAAGGGGGGGUGGUGGUGUGUGGACAGAUCUGUUAGUUACAACCUGCCGCUGGCGGGUGGAGCAGCCUGAGGAGGGCGGGAGAUGGGGCACUGGGGCCAGUACGGAAGCAGCCAGAGAGCGCAUGUUCCACCUUCACGCUCGGAGAAGGAAGAAGUGAACCUAAUAUUUAUCAAGUGACCUUUUUGAUGUUGGAACAGUGUUUGAGGUGCUUUAUU